CUAAAGUUAUCGAUAACAACUUGUGUUUGCUGAAAUUCGGCAAUUUUGUAUGAAAUAGUGUUUAUUGUUUAUUUCUUUACUGCUAAAUUAGUGCAAAAUGCGUGAGCAACCACUUAAGGAAGUCACACAGCUCAUCCAUGCCAUCAAAAUGGGCUUGGUCGAAGGCUCUUACAACAUUACCAACAAGACGCUGGAUAUCUUCAAAUAUAUUAUUAUGAGCAAAAGCUGGCACAGUGCAGACGAGCUAAUGCGAAUUGUGCGCGCACAGUCGCGCAUAUUGCAGGCAGCGCUGCCACAGGAGACAGUCACCUCAAAUAUUGCUCGACGCAUAUUGAAACUAACGCGCGAAGAGUUUGAUCUGCUGCAGGCCAAGGUGCAGCAUUUUGCGGACGACUCCCAAGCAUCGCUGUCGCUGCACAAACUUGUCACACAGACAAGCGAAAGCAACGUCAGCGUGGACUAUUCACUGCCGCAGCAGGGAUUACGGGAAGCGUUGCUCGAUCAUCUGCAGGAAGUGGAAACAGAACUGGACACCAGCUCCGAGAACAUAAGUGUGCAGGCUGAAGAGCAUAUACACUCCUCAGAGAUUAUACUAACACUGGGGCAUUCACGCAGCGUGGAAAACUUUCUUAAGCGCGCAAUCAAGAAGCGACAAUUUCUAACCAUUAUUGUGGCCGAAUGCGCGCCAGCCUGCAGAGGCCACAAUCUAGCCGCAACGCUUGCUAAUGAAAAGAACGUGGAAAUUAUAGUCAUACCCGAUAGCUCCAUAUUCGCUAUGAUGUCGCGCAUCAACAAGGUCAUCAUAGGAACACACAGUGUGCUGGCCAAUGGAGGACUGCGCGCUGCAUGCGGUGCCUACACGGUGGCCCUGGCCGCCAAGCAUUACUCCGUGCCGGUAAUCGUACUGGCGCCCAUGUACAAGCUAUCACCUCUGCAUUUGUGCGAGCAGGAUGCAUUCAACAUGGUGGGCUGUGCGGAGGAUGUCAUUGCGUAUGACUCAGUGGCGUCACGUGAGGCGAAGGUCUACAGUCCCAUGUUUGAUUAUGUGCCACCCGAGCUAGUCACGCUAUUUAUAUCCAACACUGGCGGACAUGCGCCAACCUAUGUGUAUCGAUUGCUUACAGAACUUUAUCAUCCCGAGGAUUUGGAGAUCUAAGUGGCGCGUGUUUUUAAUGUAUUUAAUGCAAUCAACAGGACAACAGGAACAACAAACAUAAAAUAUAAUAAACACACAUGUAAAUCUACUCAAUA